AUGCUGAGGCUGUUGGGCCUGGCUUCCAUCGGCGUGGCGGUGGCCCUCGUCCGUGUGGGCUACUCCUCCUUCUUUAGGGCUUCGCGUGUACCCCCUGAGGCGUCGGUGAGUGCGGGCAAAGGCGAUGGCGAUGACGACCCCCGCCUCCUGGCUGCGGCGGUGGCCUCCGCAGCUGUCGCAGCUGCCGUCGCCGCCGGCAACUCGCUUGCACCAUCCGCUGCGGCGACGGCGACGCCUCCAGAAAGGCCUCUGGAGCAUGACGGCGCGGGGGUUAAGGCACCCUCGCCCGCCCCGGGCACGCAGCGAGUGGCCUCGGCCUUCGAGGCGUUGCGCGACCCCUUCGACCAGUCGCUAUCGCCCGACCGCCGCGCCGUCUUCCUGGGCGGCGCCGGGGACGACGCGUACGGCGGCCUCGCCCCCUCGCCGUAUGCGGCGGCGGCCUCGCCGCCUCGCUCCCCCGUGUCCGGCCCGGCACCCUUUGCUGGGCUGGCCUCGCCCAGCGCAGCAGACCUGGGCCUGCCCAUGCUGUCCAUACCGCGCCCCACCGCCAAGGCGCUGGAGCCGAGCCCGGACUCCGAACCCGACUCCGCUGCCGCCAGCAGCCCCGCCUUCUCCGAGGCCCUGGAGCGGGAGGCGUCGGGGUACGCGGCCGACGCCGGCAGCGGCCCCGGGAGUGAGGACUUGGGGGCGGGAGGCGCGAUGGAAGGGCCCCAUCCCCCCCCCUUCCCGGGCCUGCGCCUGUCACUGCCGGGGGACGCCCCCGCCGGGCCGCUCUCGCUGACCCCUGGCGCCAGCGGCGAGGGCUUCGACUUCAUGCCCUCCGAGGACGACCAGUUUGCGCUGGAGCUGUCGCGCGUGCUGGAGGACGACGAGGAGCUCUGGGAAACCUUCCGCGUGUCCAUGGACGUGGAGGCGGUGCUGGCGCUGAAGCUGGACGUGCUGGCGGGGCCGUGUCGCGACGCGUCCUACGUCACCGAGGACGACACGCUGGAGGUGACGGUGGGGCGCACGCCCGGCAACUCGCUGGCCUUGCGCGACGGGGAGGUGUCGGGGCGCCACCUGGCGGUCACCUGGAGCUCCCUGGACCGCUGCUGGCAGGCCGCAGACCUGGGCAGCCUCAACGGCACGCUGCUCAACGGCGAGCCCAUCAGCGUGGGCGCCCGCCAGCGCGGGCCUGACUACCGCCUCAGCUCCGACGACAUCCUGCAGCUGGGGAGCUACACGAAGAUCAAGGUGUCCACCUUCCCGCGCGACCUGCUCAACCCCAAGGACACCCACGGCAGCCUGCCUGUUGGGUCGCUGCCCAAGUCCCUGAGCAUGCCCAAGCACCGUGUGAUGAGCUUUGGGUCGCUGACCUCGCCCAAGCCCACCGCCAACACACCCUCGCGCCAGCCGGCGGCCACCACCGCCUGCGACGAGCUGCGGAUGGAGGCCUGCGUGCUCUGCCGCGUGGGGCGGGAGCACACGCGGAAGGGGCAGCCGGGGGAGGACGUGGCGUGUGCGCAGUGCCCGCUGCCGGACCCCGGCCGCCUGGGCGAGGCCUCCGUCUCCCUCUUCUGCGUCUUCGAUGGGCACUGCGGGCGCGGCGCGGCAGAGGCCGCGGCGGUGGCACUCCCGGAGGAGAUCGGCGUGCGGCUCCCCGCCUGCGAGGCGGACAUGCUGGAGCAGCGUGGCGCUGUGUCGGCCCUGCGUCCCGCCUUCCUGGCCACCGACGCACGGAUCCGGGCCGAGGAGGGGUGCACCGCCACGGCCGUGCUGGCCUGGUCGCCGCGCAAGGGCAUCGUCUGCCUCCAGGCUGGGAAUGUGGGCGACUCAACCGCGCUCUGGAUCGACCCCAGGACGGUGGAGGUCGUGGAGCUGACGGAGGACCACCGCUUGAGCAACGAGCGGGAGCGGCGGCGCCUCGCUGACAUGGGCAUCCAGCUGAGCAAGAACAGCCGGCGGCUGUACGGCCUCAACCUGUCGCGUGGCCUGGGCGACAAGUUUUUGAAAGACGAAGAUUUGGGUCUCUCCGCUGAGCCCUAUGUGGGUCCCGUCGUAACCUGCUCCGCCUCCGAGGGCGGGCUCCUGCUCAUCGCCUCCGACGGGCUCUGGGAUGUCGCCGACUUUGCCACCGUCGCGCGCGUCCUGUGCCAGUCAUUGAGGGCGUCCGGGGGGGAUCUGGUGGACGGCGCGCGGGCGGUGCUGGCCCACGCCCUCAAGCACCGCACCAAGGAUGACGUCAGCAUCGUGCUGGCCCGGGUGCUCCCCGAGGCAGAGUGGGAGGCACGCAGCCCGCCGCGCUCCUUCUCCUCGGGGCCCAUCUUUGGCGACCCGUGA